ACGUGAGCUGGUCAAGGUGCAACUGAUAGAGAAGACGAUCAUAAUCUCGAGCUAUAUACUGCGAGCUCUCCGCAGUUUUCCAAAUCUGUUUCUGCAUCUCUCCCUCCCCCUUUCCAUUUUCUGCCGCAUCCACACCUUGAAAAACAACGGCAAUAUGAGGUUCACUCCCGCGAUCGUUGCGAGCUUCGCGGCUACUGUAGCUGCGCACGGCGACCACGGCCACGACCAAGAACCAUUGGCUGGACCACACGAGGGAUUGUGGUACAACACGCUUCCCGGUGACGGUGGAACUCAAGCCGACUCCAUCUUCUCUGGCAUUUCUACAUUCGGUCGUCUCCCCUACCACCCGUGUCUGUCUAGCAACACAAAGUUUGACAUUGCAUUCAUCGGUGCGCCCUUUGACACUGGCACAUCGUACCGCCCGGGUGCUCGCUUUGGACCCAGCGGUAUCAGACAAGGUUCUCGCCGCCUCAAUCUCUAUGGUGGCUACAACGUCCCACUCGAGGCGAACCCAUUUAAUUCUUGGGCCAAGGUCAUUGACUGUGGUGACAUUCCUGUGACUUCGUACGACAACGGAUAUGCGCUUCAGCAGAUUGAACAAGGUCACAACUUGCUGUUGAGCCGCGAACCAUAUACCCAUGCGGAUAAGCCUGGUCCCUCAAAGAAGGGUACUACACUUCCUCGCUUGAUCACCCUCGGAGGCGACCACACCAUCACACUCCCUCUCCUCCGUUCCAUCAACCGUGAAUACGGUCCCAUCACCGUCAUCCACUUUGACAGCCAUCUCGACACAUGGCGUCCCAAAGUCUUCGGCGGCGCCCCCUCGGAACAAGCCAGCAUAAACCACGGCACCUACUUCUUCCACGCCGCACAAGAAGGCCUGCUCGCCAACGACACCAACAUCCACGCCGGCAUCCGGACCACGCUAUCGGGCCCUUCCGACUACGAAAACGACGGCUACUGCGGCUUUGAGAUUGUCGAGGCACGCGAAAUCGACAAGAUUGGCAUCGAUGGCAUUGUCAAGAAGAUCAAGGACAGGGUAGGCACCGAGAAGCCCGUGUAUCUGAGUAUCGACAUUGACACUCUUGAUCCUGCUUUCGCUCCUGCAACUGGCACGCCCGAGACGGGUGGUUGGACAACCCGAGAACUCCGCACUAUCAUCCGUGGCUUGGAGGGUAUCAACCUCAUUGCUGCUGAUAUCGUCGAGGUGGCUCCUGCUUACGAUACCAACGCUGAGCUUACUACCAUGGCUGCUGCGGAUACACUUUACGAGGUCAUGACUUUGAUGGUUAAGAAGGGGCCGUUGAGCUACAUGGGUGCUCCUAAGAAGGAGACGAUCGAGUUGUAGAGUGGGGGCUUGAAGGAUAGGAUAGCAUGGGCAAUGAUGUAGAUAGUAGGCGUUGACUGGUGACCGAGAGAGGAAUUGUUGGAUAUGAUGCGUUGAGCGCGAUUGUGGUAGAAGCGUUCCGGACUUGGAUCAGCCAUGUAUAUGACGACAAUGAUG